AUUUCGGCACCAGCUGAGACAGGGUUCGUGCCUCGCUCGGGCGCACGACUAGGAAAUACCCAGCAUCCAGCGCGCACACGAUGGGAUGCCAGUCUUCCAAACAACGCGCCACGGUGCCUGGGGGCACAAGUAAGAAGAUUGUCGACGUUGGCACUGCAUUCGCGUCAAAAGCAGGAGCUUCUGGUCUUAUGGAUGGUGUGCCACUCUCGGAUCAUUACUCUGGAGGCCUUGCUUUCUUCAUCAUCGAUCCACAGGUCGAUUUCCAUGAGGGUGGCAACUUAGCGGUCCCUGGUGCCACUGAGGAUUCUCGCAAAAUUGCCGAUCUGAUUAGCCAGAACAUUGAUAAGAUCGAGCGCAUCGUAGUGUCUCUCGACACGCACCAUGCAAUGCACAUCCAUCAUCAAUAUCCGGGCAGAGAUGGCAAACAUCCUGCUGCAUUCACGCCCAUAACGAAGGAGGACAUCCUCAAUGGCGUAUGGACUCCACGUCAGCCCGAGAUGAAGACAUGGGCGCUUGAAUACGUAGAGAAGCUGAAGACAGGCGGUAAAUUCUCAAUGGCCAUUUGGCCAGAUCAUUGUCUCUUUGGUACGAAGGGAUUUUCCGUGCAUAAGCCUCUGAUGGAUGUGCUCAACGAAUGGGCAGUACACAAAGCCAGGGCAAUCAAUUGAUUUCAAAGGGCAGAACAACCGUGCCGAAAUGUACAGCUGUCUGAAGGCUGAGGUCGAGGUGGAGGACGACAAGACAACGUCUCUGGACCUGGAUCUCAUCCGGACGCUCAAGAAGCAUAAAAAGGUUGUCUGCUGCGGUGAAGCCAUGUCUCAUUGCGUGAAUUGGUCCACUCGCGACCUUCUUAGCGGUUGGGAACAAGGGCGCAUCAGCGACAUCAUUCUUUUGGAGGAUUGCGCUUCACCGGUUGGUGGCUUUGAGGAAGUUGCCAGACAUUUUGUUGACGAUAUGCGCAAAGCCGGUAUCACCGUGUGCAAGGCCGCCGAUUUCAAUGGCAAGACAGCCGAGAUCGGAAAGGCCGAGAUGGAUCCAGAUGCUUUCAAUAAAUCCCUCAGCCAGCGCGGCAAACGGUUAUGUCGACAGCAAACAGGUUUUGCAUCCAAAGCUGGCGCUGCAGGAUUGAUGGAUGGAGUGCCGCUCCAGGACAAUUUUUCGGGUGGUUUGGCCUUGUUCAUCAUUGACCCACAGGUGGAUUUCCACGAAGGAGGCAGCUUGGCAGUCACUGGUGCGACAGAGGACUCCAGAAAGAUCGCAGCCUUGAUCAGGAAAUUCAAGGAAAAGAUCGAGCGUAUCGUGGUUACGCUUGACUCACACCACAAGAUGCACAUACAUCAUGCCAGCUUCUGGACGGAUAAGGACGGUGGCAAACCGGCACCAGGAUAUCACAUGACAUCUCAGGACAUCAGCGCGGGAAAAUGGCAAGCCAGGCAGCCAGAGCUGCGUGACUGGAGCUUGGAAUAUGCAAAGAAACUGGAGGCAUCCAAGAGUGGGCUUCCUUUCAUCGUAUGGCCAGAUCAUUGCCUCCUGGGAACUGAAGGCCAAACAGUCCACCCUCCAUUGAUGGAGGCAUUGAACGACUGGGCCAUCGCCCGUUCGCGCUCCGUGAACUUCUACUUCAAGGGUCAAAACAACCGAGCCGAGAUGUACAGUGCCCUCAAAAGCGAGGUAUCAGUACCAGAUGAUCCAACAACUGACUUUGACCGGGAAUUGGUCGACACAUUGGCUAAGCAUCAGAAGGUCCUGUGCUGCGGAGAAGCCAAGUCACAUUGCGUGAAUUGGUCGACCAGGCAUUUGCUUGAGUGUUGGCCGAAGGGCCGAAAGAAAGACAUCGUCUUACUCAAGGACUGCUGCUCUGCAGUAGCUGGGUUCGAGGAAGUCGCAGCACAGUUCGAGAGAGACAUGACGAAUGCUGGGCUUACUGUCGUCAGUGCGGAGCAGUUUGCCUUUUGAUUUUUGGAGUUCACGCUAGUGUGAGCGGUCUCUUCGUUGUGGUUGUACCGCCGCCUUGGGCUCGAUGCGCUGUGCCUCACGGCAUUGUCAUGCUGGGCUUGGCUGAGCGGCAGUGAUUCUUUGUCCUUUGUCUCAACCAGUGCUGGCAACCUUGUCAGCCAACGUUGGUUGUCGCUUGAUUCUGCUCUGUCAUGCUGCCAAUGCUCGGUGAAGAGGAGGAGGAGGAGGAUCAGGAGGAGGAGGGAGAGGGCGCAGGAGGAAGGAGGGAGGUCUCAGGCCGGGCUGCUCGGCCCCCCGAAGCCCAGCGCUCGGGUGCAAAAUUUGCACAAGGCUGCCGUCCGAGGCCCAGUGACCUUUCCGCAGAUGCGUGUUCGCUGUUUCUGCCCACGCGCUUCGGGGCGUGGCCUUAUCCUUGCCUGCCCUCAGCGCGACCAUCGACCGUUCGCGGCGAGUCCGCGCGGGGCUGGCGUGCCCCGCCGAGCGAGAAACAGGACGGCCCA